CAUUUUUUUAUCGAAAGGGUUUGCUUUAAAGCUCCCAAAGUCAUAAUCAAGUAAAAUGGGGAUUUUCAAGGGUGGAAUUAUUUUUCUCUGCAUAUGCUUCUCUUAUGCCGCUGAAGAAGACUACUUGGGAGAUCUCCCCCUGGAAAACCCCGACUUAUUCGGAGGAGAUAUCUUAGGAGUUGAAGAUGCAGAGGAUAGGAAUGCAGUGGUGGAUAAAAGAAUGGUUUGGCCCGGAGCCAUCGUUCCCUACGUUCUGGAUCCAGGAUUAUCGAAAGCUGUUCAAAAGGAUUAUAUCAGGAUAUUUCCAGGACAAGGUUGUUAUUCUCAUGUGGGAAAAACAGGCGGUGCUCAACCCGUUUCCUUGGGCAUGGGAUGUGGUUUCAUGGGAACGGUUAUCCACGAACUGGGGCAUGCGGUCGGCUUUUUCCACGAACAGAAUCGAUCCGACAGAGAUGACUGGUUGACCAUCUUCUGGGACAACAUCAAAGAAGGUAUGGAGGAUCAGUUCUUCAAGCUGAAACCUGACCAGAACCAAUUGCUAACCCCCUUCGAUUACGAUUCCAUUAUGUUGUAUGGCUCUUACACCUUCUCGAAGGAUAGAACGAAACUGAAGACAAUGGUCGGGCGAAACAACAUGUACUUGAAGGACGUCAUCCGCAAAUACUUCAUGAGUAAAAGCGACAUCAUACGUUUCAAGAAACUCUACAACUGCCCAUGAAUAUACGAAGACUUAUCUUGAUUGAGAAUCUUAUUAUUUUUGCUGAAAUUAGCAGAGAAAGGAAUUUAGUAUUAUUCUCUUCAUAAUAAAAUUUUUCUUGCCA